AUGUCCCUCUUCUCCUACGUCGCCUCGGGCAUCAGCUCCUUCGUCGUCUUCACGCUCUCUCUCUUCGCCCUCGGCCAAAAAGUUCCCCGCGCCGCCUUCGUCGCCCGGUGUCUCGCCGCCUAUGGCUCCCUCCUCCUCUGCGCCACCUACGGCGUCGUCGCCUCAAUUGUGCUCCGUGUCGCCGGCUACGGCCGCAUCUCGCAAUAUGCCACCGCGCGCAGUUUCAAGUGGGUCAUGCGCUACACCACCGGCGUGACUUUCAACAUCAUUGAAGGCGCUGAACACCUGAACACCCGACCCGCCGUGUUCAUCGGAAACCACCAGUCCGAACUGGACGUGCUCAUGCUCGGCCACAUCUUCCCUCCGUACUGCAGUGUCACGGCCAAGAAGUCCCUCAAAUAUAUUCCCUUCCUCGGCUGGUUCAUGUCCCUCUCUCGCACCGUCUUCAUUGAUCGUGCCAACCGCGAAACGGCUGUCAAGGCCUUUGAUAGUGCUGCCGAUGAGAUGCGCACCCAUCGCCAGAGUGUCUUCAUCUUCGCCGAGGGCACGCGCAGCUACUCUGAUACCCCGGAACUGUUGCCUUUCAAGAAGGGCGCGUUCCAUCUUGCGCUGAAGGCGGGUGUGCCGAUUGUGCCGGUGGUUACGGAGAAUUACUCGCAUGUGCUGUCUCCCCGGAACAUGAGGUUCGAGCCGGGCACGAUCAAGAUCAAGGUCCUCCCCCCAAUCAGCACGGAAGGUCUCACGACCGCCGACAUCGACGCCCUGACCAAGUCCACGCGCGAGUCCAUGCUCAAGACUCUGCUCGAGUUGGCCGACAAGGACAAGCAGGAGGUGGAGUCGACGGUUGCCGUGAACGGCAAGUCCACUGCUGUGGAGCUGUAG